AUGACUGACCUCUUUGCGGUGACAGCAACUUUCCUCUGGCAGACGACGGAGACAGUGUUGGGAGUCGCUCCUCUGCCGGGCUCCACUAUGAUGUCCCAAAGUGCUGAGUCACUGGGCCGCGCCGCACUGAAUGACAGGCCCGAUUUCACUGUUGCCCUGCGGCCAAUUUCCUUGUGGCAGGGAUUCAACGAGGUGCUGGAAACUUUCCAGAUAGAAUUCAACUCCAAGAGCAUCCUGCAGUUUGUCAGCAAUGAGAGCGCCUCAGACCCGCCGCUCCUGAUCUCCCGGUUCUUACCCCGCCAACCACAGACUGGAGACAGAGACAGACAGGACCUGCUGUCUGUCAAACACAACACCGUGACAACGGACCGCCCCAGCAGCCCCCGACAGCGGACCCCCUCCGAGAUGGAGGAUGAGGCCAGCCCCUCACCCAGGUCCAAGCCUCGUUACACAGGCCAGGUCCGCCUUUGCACUGCCCGAUACAGCUAUAAUCCUUACGAUGGACCAAACGAGCAUCCUGAAGCAGAACUCCCCCUUGUGGCUGGGAAGUAUCUGUACGUGUACGGAAACAUGGAUGACGAUGGUUUCUAUCAAGGGGAGCUGCUAGAUGGCCAGCGAGGACUCGUUCCUUCCAACUUUGUGGAAUUUGUCCAGGACAAGGAGAAACUAGCGAUUCAAGCCGGCGAUGGAGGGGAGGAGCGCGGCUCACGGGACCAUAUGUCCCUGGCCUUAGUGGCUUUUGAUGGAGGUUUCUCCCAAGAUGGCCCUCUGGGCUCAUGUAACGCCUUGGUUCCCUAUAGCAAUGGGACAGGGGGGCCCCUGGACCCUGAGGACCUGGCGGAAGACGUUGUGCCUUAUCCCCGAAAGAUCAACCUGAUCAAGCAGCUGGCACGGAGCGUCAUUGUGGGCUGGGAGCCUUCACUCGUGCCUUUAGGCUGGGGGAACAUCUCCGGCUACAACGUGUUGGUGGACGGGGAGCUCCGGGCCAGCGUGGCGUACGGCGGCCGCACCAAGAGUCUGCUGGAGAAGCUGGACCUGGACGACUGCGUGCACCGUGUGUCCGUGCAGAGCGCCACGGAGCGUGGGCUCUCAGACGAGCUGCGCUGCACCCUGCUGGUGGGGGCCAACGUGGUGGUGGCUCCCUGCGGCCUCCGGGUGGACGACAUCCAGCGCGACACCGCCGAGCUCUCCUGGUUGCCGAGCAACAGUAACUAUGGCCACACCGUGUUCUUGGACGGGGCGGAGCAUGCGGUGGUAAAGCCGGGAAGGUACAGACUACGCUUCAUCAAUCUGAAGCCCCUGACAGUUUACAAAGUGUCGGUGGUGGCACAGCCGCACCAGGUGCCAUGGCAACUGCCGCUGGAGCAGAGAGAGAGGAAAGAAGCCGGUGUGGAGUUCUGCACUCAGGCGGCAGGCCCCCCCCAGCCUCCCCUUGAUGUGCAGGUGCUUUGUGGGCAGGCUCCAGGGGUCCUACAGGUACGCUGGAAGCCCCCCAUCCUCUCCCCCACUGGCACAUCUAAUGGGGCCAAUGUGGUGGGUUACGCAGUCUGCACUAAAGGACAGAGGAUAGCUGAGGUGCUGUUCCCCAUGGCAGACUACGUCACUGUGGAGCUGACGAGGAUUCAGUGCCUGGAGGCGAGGGAAGUGAUCGUCAGGACGCUGUCCGUGCAGGGGGAAUCCCAGGACUCCCAAAUCGCCGUCAUUCCAAAUAAUCUCCUUGUGCCUGCACCUGCGAUCCCCCUUCCGCCCCCAAUGCACCCCCACGCAGGCCCCCACACCCCCACCCUCAGCCCCCCUCAAGCCCACCCCUCAGCCCCACCCUCAACCCCCACCCUCAACCACCCUCAGCCCCACCCUCAACCCCAUCCUCAACCCAACCCUCAACCCCACCUCCCAUCCCCUCACCAUCCUCACCCACCACCCCAACUUCCUGCUCCACCCCAGGCGCAAGGACAACAACUCCAAAUUCACCCUCAACCCCAUCCCAGGCACCCCCACCCAGGCGGACCCCAGCAGCCCCAGCUUCGCCCCCCACAUCCUCAGCCCCUGCACCUUCAGCCCCGCCUCCCUCACCAAGGUCCCAGGCCCCAGCACCAACUGCCUCUGCUACCCCACCCUCAUCACCACCCUAUACCUCAGAGACCAGUAUGUGCCAGAGACCUGGAUGCCAAAGAGCACGCGGCCCACCAAGGGGGGGCCUUCCCAGCGGGCCAGCCUGGCUGGGACCCCUCUCGCUCGCCCUCCUCCCAGCCUCCUGGGCCCAUGCAAGGCCACACUCUCGAGGCCCCUCCCUCUGCUAAUCUACGCUCCCCCUCCCCCCAGAGGAUUCUCCCUCAGCCCAGAGGCACGCUCAUCCCGGACACCGUGGCCAAAGCCAUCGCCCGAGAAGCAGCGCAGAGGGUGGCAGCAGAGAGUGGCAAGGGCGACAGGAGGCAGGUCAGAUACGGAGAGCAGGGUCGUACGUUUCACCAGCAUCACUCUGACGAGGAAGAGGAGGAUGAAGAAGGGUUUUCACGCGGCCGCCGAAGAGGACCCUCAGUCGAUGAGUUCCUCAGAGGCUCGGAGCUUGGGAGGCCGCCUCACUAUAGUCACAAUGAAGAGUAUCACAGCGAGAGCAGCCGGGGCUCUGACCUGUCUGACAUCAUGGAAGAGGAUGAGGAGGAGCUGUACUCUGAGAUGCAGCUGGAAGAGGGACGUCGACGCAACUCGCACAACACACCCAAGAACAACACUCCUGGAGGCCGCCAUGACCGAGAGGGGAGAAGAGUUCCUCACGGGGGGCCGCAGCCUCAGAGGCGGCCUCUGAUGGUCCCCUCCAUUGAGGUAACCUCUGAGAAUAACAGUGAGGGAAACCCCGCCACCGAGGAUGUUUAUGGCAGAGUAGCUCGGCACAAGACGCGGUCGUCCCGCAGGCAAACGGGCGGCACCAGGUCUCCCCAGGAUGGAUACAGGGAUCGCCGCUCCCCCACGUACUACGAUGAGUCGGAGCCGGAGGAGUCCUUCCGGAUCUUCGUGGCCCUCUUUGACUACGACCCUCUGUCCAUGUCCCCCAACCCAGACGCAGCCGACGAGGAGCUGCCCUUCAAAGAGGGGCAGAUCAUUAGGGUGUACGGUGAUAAAGACACAGAUGGGUUCUACAGGGCGGAGGUGAGGGGCCGGAUGGGGCUGAUCCCCUGCAACAUGGUGUCAGAGAUCAGAGCUGAGGACGAGGAGACCAUGGACCAGCUCAUCAAACAGGGCUUCCUGCCCCUCAGCACCCCCGUGGACAGAUUAGAGCAACACAGAAGAGGCCUCCGUCGAGAUCAGGCCCCCCGGAGGAUGGUGGCUCUGUACGACUACGACCCCCGAGAGAGCUCCCCUAAUGUUGAUACGGAGGCCGAGCUGACCUUCUGUGCUGGUGACAUCAUGGCUGUGUUUGGAGAUAUUGAUGAGGACGGAUUCUAUUAUGGUGAGAUCAACGGCCACCGCGGUCUGGUUCCCUCGAACUUCCUGGAAGAAGUGCCUGAUGACGUGGAGGUGUAUCUGACCGACACCCCGUCCCACCAGCCCCAGGAAGAGCCUGCCAACCGGCCCCCCCCCAACCCUGCGGCCAGCGUCUCGGAGGGCAAACGGGUUGCCACAGAAACCACCGACACGGUCGACAACGGCGCCGCGCCUGUGCGAGCGCCGUCCCCCAUCGCUCGGCCCCUCCUCCCAGGGACCAUGAGACCCAUCAGCCCUGCGAGGGGCCCCCGCCUCCCUCUGGAACCCCGGGACCCCCGGGACGAAGAUAUGGCGAACAAGAAGAAGAAAGGACUACUUUCCAAGGGGAAGAAGCUCCUGAAGAGACUCUCCCCUGUGAAAUAAGAAGAGAGAGCGUACAUAUCGGGCUCUGUUUAUUGCAUCCAUACAAUCAACUCUGAUCCAACAGCACAUGACAGAGAGGAUGGACUGUGAGAGCCUAUUUUAAAAUAACAAGUGAUAGAAUUAUUCAUGUACGGAUACAAAUCACGUAAAUUAUGUACAGUGCAGUGCCAAAAUCAAGAGAGGUCGCCUGCAGACACAAAAACAUAUUACUGUGAUGUAUUUAAAAUCAACGGAUGACUUAAAAAAAAAAAAAAACUAGGAUUUUCAUGACAUGUUUUUUUCUUUAUUGUAAAAACAAUUCCUUUCAAGCAGGGUAGCUGUGAAAACAAAGCAUCUCAGUUCCUUUCUUUUCAAAGCAAACAACAACAUUUACGUGGAGUAUUGAUGUUGCCACUUCAAGGAAACAGAGACCAUACUCUAAGAAAAUCAAAAAAAGACUACACUGUUAUCGAGGCAUUCUGUGAAGUAAUGCCGGCUGCUAACACAAAGGCUUUAUUCAGUGCAAUAUCAUAGAGAGGCGGUAGCAUCAUGUGGGAAGAAAUGAGACAUUUCUACUUGUACCUGUGAUUUCAACAGAGGGGAGUUUUUCUAAAAAGUAUAUCAGAUUGGCAACAGGGCAUUACAGCUGUCUCAGUGGCCUUUAUGAAAACAAUAUGAGCGUGACAUUCCUCGUUUGAUUCACACCAGGGUUUCUUUGUUUCAUGACUUGUCUUUUUUCCGAGAGUUAAAGAAGAGCAGAAGUGUUUGUUGUCCUCGCUGUCAAACUGUCAUGAAACGCCUAGUUCUAAAGACUACAUUUUGUGUCUGUCUUCCUAUUGCACAAAGGUUGGUUUGGAUUGGUUAAAGAUGUUUGGUGUGCCUGAGUAUGUGAUGCGUUCAUGUUUUGCACCGCUCAUGUUUCUUGUUCACUUUUCAUUUCUUUUCUGAAGGAGAGGCCAUGCAUUUACGGGUCCUGUGAUUUAGUGAUGUGCUGCUACCUCCAUUGCCUGUGCACUGUUCAGUUUUGAUGUCUCAUGUUGAUAUAGCCGGCCAAGUUAAAGCCUCAUAGAUUACAAAAAGGUCCUGCUUGAGGUCUGUGAAGAGAAAUCUGAAAUGAUUUAACAUUUUGUAUCUGGCUACAUGUAUUCUCUAUACUCUUAGUCACAGAAGGACUAUAUAUAGUAUACUUUAUAGGGAUUUGGGUAAAAAACACAUUGUAUUCCUAUGAUCUUGGAUAAUGUACCUAUUUAUGAAAUAAGCACAUGUACUCAAACUCUGGAGACUGAGGUUUAUUUAUUUAGAAACAAGCCAACCUAUUUGCAUAAUGCCACAAGAUUUGCACUCAGAAAUGUCAUCAGGUCAGACAAACUCAUUAUUCUACAGGCUGUCACACUGACUCUCUACUAAUUCUGUUUCUCAUAUAUUGUCAGUUUAAAAAGCCCCAACAUUUAUCUUUCUUCCAAGAUGGAUGACGCUGCAUGAAGUGAGAACAAUACUGACGUUCGAAUUAAGGUUGAUGACUGAAACUGAAUGACUGCUUUUAUUAUUGAAUUAUGUUUUACUUGAUUCAAAGUCAUUUUUCCUCUCAAUAUUCAGUUUAAGUUUACAGAGUUCAUCUUAGAUUCAGCAUGGUUUUUUGACUUCAACAUUCCGUUGCCAGAAUAUCUAACAACCUUAGUUAUAACAGCUGUUUGCUGGUUUUCAGAAAAUUGCAACGCCUGUAGUUUGGAGAUCAAAUGAAAUGUUGAUUCGGAGCUCUAAAAUGCACCGAAAAACAAUAACAAACUUUGAUAUAAUUGAAACUACAAUGCUAACAUGAUGGACACUAAUUGCAUAAGUCAUAGCUAAUAAUUCAAACAUUUAUCUGGUGACCUUGAACACAACCCAAUUCCCUCAGUUUUGCUUGCUUUUGAGGGUUAUUGUGUGUGUGUGUAAAUUAUACAAGAUUAUAGAAAUAAUGUGUUGGAAUAACUUGGAUUACUUACACAAUCCCAACGUUAUGUGUGUUGUGAGAGUGGCAAAAAGUGCUCUAACUGGAGGGAUAGUAUGUCUUAUAGCUUUAAUAAAUUAAAAACGUCUAUCUCUGCUUAUUUUUUUUAUAAUCUAUCAGAUUUAUCUUCCUCAUGUCAAGUUGCUCUCGAGGGUUCUUUGUCCUCAUUAUUUAUUAAAAUUAUUGAUUAAAUGCAAUGACAAGUGAGGGUUUUGCCAAAAUGGAAUGUAAGGGAAGUUUGGCUGGAUUUAGGUUUACAUGAUUUUUGUUCCAAAGCUUGUUGUGUAUAGUUUCUCUUUCACAAAGUCACACAUUCCUGUAACACGGUGUCCCAAUACCAAAAUCAUUCUCUCGUGAAUGGGUGUAGUGUCUCUGAACGCUGUAGCUCUUUUGUACUUUUAAUCCAUUUGUAGAUAAUUUCUUAAUGUUUCUACUUGAUUUUACGACAGCCUUUUUGUUAGUGCACUGAGAGUUCCUCUCCCUGUAACAGACUGCAUUCUCCAUAGUGUCCUUUGAAUCAGAUGUAUCGGUCCACCGUAUGUGCUUGCUUUGUGAAUCAAAGGUUAAAAAAA